UGACAAAUAAAGAGGGUUUCAUUUCAUUCGUAUUCAGUCAGUCUGCUAAGUUUUGUUUUUCCAGAAUUCACCAAAUAAAAAGAGGAUGGGGUUUUAUUCUGAAGGGCUCGAAGCAGGAAGUGAUGCAGAAUACUCUAGAGGACUUUUUUGCGCAACUGAGAGAUGAAGUGAUUGGGGCGGAGUGUGUGUGAGGAGUGCGUGUGAGGAGUGUGUGCAGUUUUAAUCCUCAGAGGACUCCAUCAUGAUGAAGCAGCUUCCUCUUCUUCUUCUCUUCAGUCUCCUGACUGGAAAAUUGUCUGCCUGCACACACGCUGUCAGCAGAGUGAUUGCCACAGAAGGGACAGAUGCAGUGUUACCCUGCUCCCCCAGCACCAGAGUGAACCUCCAAGAUAAACUGUUUGACUGGAAGAAGGUCGGUCAGGGAGGAGAGACUCUGCAGGAAGUCUUCAUGUAUGAUUCUGCUGUUUAUUAUGAGCGUAAUUCAGGUCAGAGUGAGCAGUUUAAAGGACGAGUCUCACACUUUCAAACUGAGCUGAAACAAGGAAACGCCUCCAUCAUCAUCAGGAAGACGAAGGUGAUCGACAGUGGAAGCUACACCUGUGUGUUUCCACGUCUGCAGCCUCGUCAAGAAUUCUGCAUUGAGCUCAUUGUUGGUGCAUCACCAGAACCAUAUGUCACAAUUCUUGAGGAAUCAAAGGACCGGUCUCUGCUGCAGUGUCUGGUUCGAGGAGCUUUUCCAGAACCUAAAGUAGAGUGGUGGGAUAGUUCUGGAAACAUCCUCCCUGCUGCAGAGCCUCAUGUCUCUAAAGCAGGAGACAGCUACGACGUGAUCCUCCAAACUACUGUCACCAAAACAGACAACUACAGCUGUGUAGCGACACAGGAGGAGAUCAACCAUCAGACUAAACCUGCACACAUCUAUGUGCAUCUCAAUGGUGCAGCAACAAAACCGCAUGUCACCAUACUUAAAACAGAAGAUGGGCUGAAGGUUCAGUGUGAGAUUCUUGGAGCUUCUCCUAAACCUCUCCUCCAGUGGAAGGACAGUUCUGGAAACAUCGUCCCUGCUGCAGAACCUCAGGUCUCAGAGAGAGGAGGCAGCUACGACCUGAUCCUCCAAACUACUGUCACCAAAACAGACAACUACCACUGUGUGGUUACUCAGGAGGAGAUCAACCAUCGCACUGAGGCUGAGAUUUAUGUGUCUGCUCAAUGGUGAGAAUCUUCCUGCAUUUUAUAAAAUAUCAUUUACAAAUCAUUUAAAAUGUGUCUUCAGAAUGAACACAGUGAGUGAGUUUAAUCUCAGCUGCAGGCGUUGUGAUGGAGACCUCUGCAGGAGUUCAACUGGUUUCAAACUGAGUGAAACUUUACUCUGAAACUCUGAGACUCCUCUUCAUGAUGAGCAGAGAGGAGAGCAAGACUGAGAGAGUCUAGAGGAGAGAAGAAAGAGCUACAGUUUGUAGGAAACUAACA